GUUUUGUGUUGAACAAAUAACAAGCCUAUUAUUGAAUUUAGAGACUUGAUUGGCUUUUUCUUCCUCGUUUCAGUUCCACCGUGCAUCCGGCACGGACGAGGACAAAAGUAAGGCAAUGUUCGAGCAAGCCUGUCUUCGCAAAUUCAACGAGUUCCGCGAAGCACACGAAAUUGUGCGUCCGCCCCGCUGGAGACAAGGGGCACUUGUAUCGAAUGAAGGAACCAGCGAAGAGUCCUCCCAGAAAAAGGUUGGCGGGGGCCAUUCGGGAGUGAUCCAAAUCGAGGAUCCGGAGAGCCACAAAGUGAAGAUUCCAUACCACGUUACUCAUGAGCUGCUUGGUGCUGGAUCUGACGCGAGACGAGGGCAGGCAGAUGUUCUACAGGCUCAAGAAGCUCCCCUUCCAUAUUUUGGGUAUUUUACCGGUCGUGCGAUUGCUCCUGCUGUCGAUGAUGAUGACCUCUUGGACACGGAGAAACACUUCUGCUAGCGCAAAAGAAAAUGGUGGGAGGAAGGGUUCGCUAAGGCGAAUCCAGACUGCAUUUCAGCUGUUGCAAAUAUUGGAUCGUUCAACAAGAAACUCACCAUCUUUACUCUUAUUCCCAGUGCGUACGAUUACCGUGUAAUCUUUGCCGGAAAGACGCCCACACUGGCAAAUGGCUUGGACGACGUGGUAAUGACUGUUGGCUCCUUCGCCGUCGUUACUAAAAAGCACAUGUUUGAAAAUCGUGGCAUCACCCGGACUCCGACAACCGUUUUUGAUCCGAGAUACAAAGGUGUAUCCCUAAAGCUGCAUGCUUAUGCCGCGAGGAUGUGGAAGGACUCGAAGCUCUAUGGUGAGACACUUUUCGUUAUUCCGGUUAAAAGCAUGUUUAAUAUUUUGGCUUCGGCGUUCCCCAGGCACGGAUGGGCAGACGGGCAGAUAAGCACUGCUGCCAAAUGUUCUUCUGACGGGCGAAGCGAUGCCGGCGAUGUGUGCACUGUGAGGAUCGCGUAUGCGGAGUUCGCGGGCAACCCAGAGUUGAACCCAGAUACAAUUUUUCGUCCUCUCCCUCGUGAAGACGGAUGUUGGAAUUUAGGAAGAGAAGAGCACGACUUAGGACAGGCACAAGGACGACAGGUGACCGCCGACAUUGACAAAAGCGGCCCGGCAAAGUGGAUGUAAAAGUUGUGCU